UGCCAGGAGGGGCUCCAGAGCCCCAGCAUCCCCAGCCUGAACUGAGGCUGGAUGCUGAGAGGAGGAAUCACCUCUGGCCUGCUGCUGCCCGAUGUGGGCCAGCCAGACCUGAGGGACUCGGACCAGAGCCAAACCCACCCAGAAGGGCUCCUCCCAGGCCUGGCCCACAGGUAGGAACAGGCAGGCUGGAGCUCCGCCCCCCAGGACAAGGCGGGGACUGGCGGCCGGGACAGAGACCCAAACCCGUCGCCCUGCUUGGCCCCUGCUGGUUGCUGCCACCCAUGGGGAACAGCCAGUGUGUCCCUCAGGCCCCCAGGAGGCUCCGGGCGUCCUUCUCCAGAAAGUCAUCACUGAAGGGCAGCAGGGAGGACAGUGCGAGGAGGCUGGCCGGCCCCAGCAGGGACUCCGCUGCAGACAAGCUCUUCCACUACGUCCCUGGACCGGACAUCCCUGGCCUACAGAAUCAAGACACAAACCUAGAGCAGCCAUUCCUGAGCAUUUACAAGAGGGCCCGGCGCAGGGUGCCUGUGAAGGAUCUGGGCAAGGUUGUAUACUACGCCAAGGUCCGACUGCGCUUCCUGCAUAGCCAGGACGUCAGUGACUGCUUCCUGGAGCUGUUUCCCUCCCACCUGUACUUCCAGGCCCACGGAGCUGAAGGGCUUACAUUCCAGGGGAUGCUACCACUGGCCGAGCUGAGCGUCCGCCGGCUGGAGGGGUCACAAGAUUAUGCAUUCCAGAUCACAGGCCCCUUGCCUGCACCCCUCCUGGUGCUCUGCCCAAGUGAGGCAGAGCUGGGCCACUGGCUCUACCACCUGGAGAAGCAGAUGGCCCUAGUAGGGGGGCUGCGACGCUGCCACUCGGCGCCUCCACAGGGCCCCCCCAGGGACGAGCUCCCCUGGACGCUGCAUCGCCAUCUGGCCCAACUGUGGACAGCACCAGGACGCGAGUCAGCAGGCAACCCCAUCUGUGCCUCCCGGGUGAAGCUGCAGCAUCUGCCCUCACAGGAGCAGUGGGACCGACUCCUGGUGCUGUACUCAGCUUCCUUGGCCAUCUUCUCGGAGGAACCUGAUGGGCUUUGUUUUAAGGGGGAACUCCCUCUCAGCGCCAUCCACAUCAACCUGGAGGAAAAGGAAAAACAGAUCCGCUCCUUCCUGAUUGAAGGCCCCCUCAUCAACACCAUCCGGGUGCUGUGUGCCAGCUAUGAGGACUACAGCCACUGGUUACUCUGUCUGCGUGCAGCCUCUCGCAGGGAUGGGGCCCCCAUGCUACCAGGUCCUGAGAGCUGCCUAAUGCCUAUACAGGUAAGAACGGCUGUCCAGUCAAGGCUGUCCUCCCAACCUGCAGGAAGUAGCCUGGAGGCUACAAGGCAAGGGAGGGGCCUGGGUCUCCCCCUCUCUAAGCAUCUUGUAUGGGGAGGGGCUCACAGAACUUUCUGGGAAUUUCUCCAGAACCAGGACCACCCUGACUAUGGCAGCCUGGGCCGGCAGAAAGCAGAGCUAAGACGCCGAGAUAGUGGCCGCUUACCCAGAGCACAAACCUGGGCACAGCGACCUGGCCCAGCCAUACCACCACCCCUGCACCUGGACCUGACCAAGGUGAGCUGCCUAGGCCUGGAGGGCAGCCCAGAGGCCCCUGACAGCUCCCUGGAGCCACCCCACUCCCCACUCUACGCCGACCCCUACACACCGCCUGCCACCUCCCACCGCAAGAUCACCGAUGUCCAGGGCCUGGACGAGUUCCUCAGUGCCGUGCGGAGCUCGCCUGGACCAGAGCCCACCAGCCCCCUCCCCACCAUGCCUGUGUCUAUACCUGUCUGCACCCCUGCUUCUGGAACCGCCGGCCCCCAUUUGGGUGCACACAAGGCCGCCCCUCAGCCCAGAGCUCCUCAGAGGCCCCGAGGUUCCACCAAAGGUCGGAGGCCACGGCCCUCAGCAUCGCCUCAGCUGGUGUCAUCUUCCAGGGAAGGCCCACCCAGCCCCCCACCGCCUCCCCCAGAUGGCUGUUUCCCUGGGGGGCACAAGGGCCCCAGCUACGAAGAUGUCUGGGACAAGACUCCACCUGCCUCUCACCGGAAGUGGCCCCAGCAGCUGGCCCAGCCUGAAGCAGAGGGCAGCCUCCCCCAGUGGAUCUGAGGCCCCUGGCACCUCAAGGGGCAGUCUGCAGCCUUGACUCUGAAGUUAGAGACUGGCCCUGGCAGGGUGGGGGUCUCCAGACCCUGAGUUGGGCUCUGCUCAGCCCUAGCAGCCUCUUGGGGCUGGAAGAAGGCCGUCUUCUGGAGGGAUGUCUGGUGAUCAGAACUCAAGGAUAGCAGGGAGGCGCUCUUGGCCCUGCCCCAGUGUGCCCAGGGGAGGGCCAGGGGCUGAACUGGGGCUGCAGCUGGGCUAGGGGCUGCAGCAUGGGGUGGAGGAGGAUACAGAAAGUCAGAUAAGGGGUUGGCGGGGCCAGGCCAUAUGAGGUGCAGGCGUGUGAGUUUAGAGGU